AAAAGUUGGUUAACAGAGUGAGAGAAACAAACCGUGAACCAGCUCACCAAUACCUGCAAAUCUCUUCACCAUUCAUGGACCUUCAAUCACCACCAGUCAACUAUUACCUUCUCGCUUCCGCCUUUACGUUGAUAUUAGCUUUCAAUCUCUUAUACAUUCUGCGCUCCAACGUCAAACGCCGUCGUAAAUCCAACGACUUUCAACGGAAAAUCAGUAACCUCUCCGGCGCCGGUAGGUUACAGACGACGGAGAGUGACGGAAGUACUGACGUCAUUAUUGUUGGAGCCGGUGUUGCCGGUGCUGCUCUUGCGUUUACUCUUGCAAAGGAAGGCCGUCGAGUGCACGUGAUUGAACGGGACUUAACUGAACCAGAUCGAAUUGUGGGUGAACUUCUACAGCCAGGUGGCUAUCUAAAAUUGAUCGAGUUGGGUCUUGAAGAUUGUGUGGAUGGAAUUGAAGCUCAACAAGUUUUCGGUUAUGCCAUUUACAUGGAUGGCCGAAACACAAAGCUCUCUUAUCCUUUGGAAAAGUUCGAAUCUGAUAUAUCUGGAAGAAGCUUUCACAACGGGCGGUUUAUUCAACGGAUGAGGGAGAAAGCUGCAUCUCUUCCAAAUGUUAAACUGGAACAAGGGACUGUAACUUCAUUACUUGAGGAAAACGGAACAGUUAAAGGGGUGUGCUACAAAACCAAAGAUGGGCAGAUACUGACCGCACACGCGCCUCUCACCAUUGUGUGCGAUGGCUGUUUUUCUAACUUGCGUCGUGCUCUCUGCAAGCCUCAGGUAGAAGUACCUUCUUCCUUUGUGGGUCUGGUUUUGGAGAACAUCAAUCUUCCAUACGCAAACCAUGGUCACGUUAUCCUCGCGGACCCUUCACCGAUCUUGUUUUAUCCAAUUAGUAACACCGAGGUUCGCUGUUUAGUCGAUGUUCCUGGACAAAAGGUUCCUUCCAUUGCCAAUGGUGAAAUGGCCAACUAUCUCAAAACCGUUGUUGCUCCACAGAUUCCCCAUGAGUUAUACGUCGCCUUUGUAGCGGCAGUAGAUAAAGGCAACAUACGAACGAUGCCAAACCGAAGCAUGCCUGCUGCUCCUCAGCCCACUCCAGGUGCACUUCUAAUGGGGGACGCGUUUAAUAUGCGACACCCGUUAACUGGAGGAGGAAUGACAGUCGCGUUAUCAGAUAUCGUCUUACUUCGUGACCUUCUCAGACCUCUACGCAAUCUUAACGAUGCAGCUACACUUUGCAAUUAUCUUGAGUGCUUCUACACUCUUAGAAAGCCUGUGUCAUCUACAAUAAACACGUUGGCUGGUGCUCUAUACAAGGUGUUUUGUGCAUCACCCGAUCCAGCGAGAAAAGAAAUGCGUAAAGCAUGCUUCGAUUACCUGAGCCUCGGAGGCAUGUGCUCAGAAGGACCGAUAUCAUUACUUUCGGGACUCAACCCGCGCCCACUGGUCCUGUUUCUACAUUUCUUUGCCGUGGCUAUAUACGGUGUUGGUCGUUUGCUUAUCCCAUUCCCGUCACCAAAACGGUUAUGGCUCGGGGCCCGACUCAUCUCGGGUGCAUCAGGGAUCAUCUUUCCAAUUAUAAAGUCAGAAGGGGUUAGACAAAUGUUUUUUCCUGCAACAGUUCCAGCAUACUACAAAGCUCCCAAAGUUGAUUGACUUGAAUAUUGUUAUUGUUACAGGUCAUUAAAUUGUUAAUUGGAAUUGUAAUUGUAACGUGUUAUAUGUUGUACUUGUGGGGUAUGAGAUCUACUGUUUAUAAACAUGCCACGUAUUAUUAUUUUUCAUGAGGUUUUGGAGUC